AGGAGCGCAGCCUGGGGAAUCAUUAACAGGGACAGGACAAAGCGCCGGGCGGAGGAUAUGAACCCGGAUCCCUGGGGCAGGGCCUUCGACCGGCGGAGCCCCCCAGGGCAGGAACCCGAUUGCCGAGGGCUGGGUCCCGGGGGCACUCAUAGGUGCAAAUUGGCCCAGGGGAGGUCUGUGCCAGCAUGACAGAGGCACCCGUCUGUUUUAGAUACUCCUCACUGUGGUAUCUGGGGAAACUGAGGCACGGAGAGACCAGGGCCAUAGCGCAGCAGGACCUUGAACCCAGGUCUCCCCAGUCUGAGGCUGUCCUUCUGACCCCUAGCCCAGCCUAACGUCUGCCCCCCAGGCCAGACAGGGGCGGGGUCCAGCUGUGAGGUGCCCCAGGACAGAGACACCCCUUGGUGUGGGGGUGUUUCCCUACAGAUGUCGCUACCUCCUAGGACUGCACCGCUGGAGGUGCAGGGUGCUGCACGUUGGGGCUUGCGGCGAACCGAACGUGGAUUAGGCGCCAUGCUUUGGACAGGGGACGGGAAGGACUGACGACUGUCAACUCUGUCUGGGCAGUGCCCGGCCCGACGGGGCCCCGAUCUCGGUGACUCCGUGUCUGGGCAGCGCCCGGCCCGAUGGGGCCCCGAUCUCGGUGACUCUGUCUGGGCAGCGCCUGGUGCAGAGAGAGAGGACUGAUCAUCUGACCUGGUUGCCAGGUUGGUUGGCAGAGAGCAGGGUGUGUUGGGGAGGUGUCUGUGUGUGUAUUUAUUUUGUCUGUCUCUCUGAUUGUGUGUGUGUGUGUUGGGGGGGGUGCCCCCCCAACCCCAGCCCCACUCACCACGGGGCCCAUGGCGGCCUCCCAGCUGGACUGCCUGGAGGACGCCCCCCCAGGUACCCUGGUGACUGAAUCCAGCCCCGAAUUCUUCUACUCGGAGGGGCAGCGGCUGGCUGUGGAGGCCCUGCUGGCCGGAGGGCAGUCGGCCUAUGCGCAGCGCCUGGCGCAGGACGGGCUGCGUUCCUUCCUGUCCGAUGACGAGCUCCGGCACCUGGCCGAGGCGGCCCGGGACGUCCCAGAGCCAGUGGGGGAGCGGGACGGGGACGCCGACGAACUCAGCCUCAGCUACUGGCCCGGGUGCUCGGACGAGCCCAUCCCCGAAUUGGAGCUGGGCUGGCCCCUGGAUGAGAACUGGAAGGGCAUCACCCGUGCGGAGGUCUACACACACCCGCCGGGGGACGGGGCCCCCAAGGUCAAGGAGCUGGUGCGCCGGAAAAUUCAGCAGGCUGCCAAGGUGGUUGCCAUAGUGAUGGACGUCUUCACGGACCCCGAUAUCCUGCUGGAUCUGCACGAGGCCGGCAUGCAGCGCGGGGUCCCCGUGUACCUGAUCCUGGGGGAGCAGCAUCUGGCCGCCUUCCUCAGCAUGGCAGAGGGCGCCUGCCUCAACGUGCGCUACAUGGAGAACCUGCGAGUCCGGGUCAUUGCGGGCUGCACCUUCUGGAGCCGACAGCACAAACAGGUCACUGGGACCCUGAAGGAGAAAUUCCUGCUGAUCGAUGGGGACACGGUGAUAACGGGGAGCUACAGCUUCACAUGGAGUGACGCCCGGUUGAGCCGCCAGCUGGUGACAUUGCUGACGGGCGAGAUCGCCGGGGCCUUCGACCGCGAGUUCCGGACCCUCUACGCUGCCUCCCGCCCGCUGGCGCCUGCCCGGGUCCCCCCGCCCAGCCCCCCGGCCCCUCCUCGGGACGGCCGCCCCAACGGCCAGCCCGCCCCCUACCGCAGCGAGCUGGGUGGGCUGCAGCUCUCCAAGGGUGCCCACCGGGUGGCCGAGCGCCGCUCCGUGGCCCCCCAGCCCGUGGCCAAGAGCCGGGCGGGGGAGUGGGAGCUGGUGCGGGUCACCCGGGCCACGGUGGGCGACGAGCUGCCCGCCUUGCCCCGGCGCCUGGGCCCCGAGGGCCACAGCGCCCUGAGUGACGUGGACCGGGGCAGCCGCCCGGGCCCGCUGGCGGGCGCCGCAGCGCAGAGACCCAGCAAGUCCCUCUGGGACCUGAGCCGCCUCUCCCAGCUCUCCGGCUCCAGCGACGGCCCCGAGCCGGGGGACGAGGCGAAGGGCAAGCACAAGUGGGGCACGCAGGACACGCCAGCCCGGGCGCUGAUGAGGCGGAGGGGCGUGCCCCCGGCCAGCGAGGAGCCCCGCCACCCCCUCAUCUUCCUGUCGCCCGCCUACAUGCCCCCGCCGCAGGGCUACCGGGCCUUGGGCCGGCUGCAGGGGCAGCUCUACCAUGGGCCUACCGCCCUGCCCCGCGUCUGGGGGGCCCCCCAAGGCUACAGCAGGGAGCGUCGCUAUUGAACGGGCACCUACCAGUAUCAGCCGGCCGAGGGGGGGGAA